AUGUCUGAAGGGUCCACCAUUGCUCGUCCUGCUUCCGCUCAUCUCCAACCGAGUCGUCGCACCGUGUCUCCCAUUCACUCUCAGCAACCUGCGCCCGUGACAGCCAUGUCUACCCACCCAGACAAAUCCGCAGCAAAGUUUGGCCAUGCUGACCGUAUCCGUGGCGGCUGCAUCCCAUGCCCCGACGGGAGCAUCUGUUAUAUCAUCCCUAUACCUUGCUGCUGCUGA